GCUGGAUGGGCCGAGCUACCCGCGGGCAGAGGGAGCUGGUGGCCGCGCAGGACUCGAACCCGCUCCCGAGCGCUCUCCAGGGGGGCAGGAAGAGUCGCGUGGGGCUCCUGUCUCCGCCCUGCACCACCAGGCAAGGAGUUGCUGUUUGAGAUGCUGCCCUUAACUGGCAAAACGAUCAUAUUUGACAGCUUUCCUGAUCCUUCGGACACCUGGGAAAUAGUUGAGACGAUUGGCAAAGGAACAUAUGGCAAGGUUUUUAAGGUGUUCAACAAGAAAAAUGGGAGCAAAGCCGCAGUCAAAAUCUUGGAUCCAGUUCAUGACAUUGAUGAGGAAAUUGAAGCAGAGUACAACAUUUUGAAAGCUCUUUCUGACCACCCAAAUGUAGUCAAAUUCUAUGGACUGUACUACAAGAAAGAUGUGAAGGAUGGAGACCAGCUGUGGCUGGUUCUGGAGCUGUGUAAUGGAGGAUCUGUGACUGACCUUGUAAAAGGAUUUCUGAAACGAGGAGAAAGAAUGAGUGAAGUUAUUAUCGCUUUCAUUUUACACGAAGCCCUGAUGGGGCUUCAGCAUUUGCAUGAAAACAGAACUAUCCACCGUGAUAUCAAGGGAAAUAACAUCCUUCUAACCACUGAAGGAGGUGUUAAACUUGUGGAUUUUGGUGUAUCAGCCCAGCUGACAAGCAGUCGGCUCCGUCGGAAUACAUCUGUGGGAACUCCUUUUUGGAUGGCUCCUGAGGUGAUUGCAUGUGAGCAGCAGCUGGAUAGUUCCUAUGAUGCCAGAUGCGAUGCCUGGUCACUUGGGAUCACCGCUAUAGAGUUAGGCGAUGGAGAUCCACCACUGGCUGAUUUGCAUCCUAUGAGAGCUCUGUUCAAAAUACCAAGAAAUCCGCCUCCUACAUUGCGGCAGCCAGAGAUAUGGUCAUCUGAAUUCAAUGACUUUAUCAGCAAGUGUUUGACCAAAGAUUAUGAGAAACGCCCAACAGUGUCUGACCUGCUGCAGCAUGACUUUGUGAAGCAAGUGGAGGGCAAAGAGACUGUCUUGCAGAUGCAGCUGAUGGAAUUCAUUGAUGUUCACCAGCAAAUGGGAAUCACGGAAAAAGCGAGAUUUGAGCGUAUUCAUACUAAGAAAGGGAAUUACAGUAGGUCUCCAGUUACCAACCAGGAAGAUGUAGAUGAUCUCGCAACCUUGGAAGUACUAGAUGAGAAUACAGUAACAGAGCAACUGCAAAAGAGCUACGCCAAGAAUCAGAUCUACACCUACGUGGGGGACAUUCUCAUUGCAGUCAAUCCUUUUCGGAACUUAGACCUUUAUGCUACACAGCAUUCCAAACUGUACAUUGGGGCCAAACGGACUGCCAACCCUCCUCACAUCUUUGCUGUGGCUGAUAUCGCAUACCAGUCCAUGGUCACAUUCAGCUCUGAUCAGUGUAUUGUCAUAUCUGGAGAAAGUGGAGCAGGGAAGACACAAAGUGCCCAUCUUCUGGUUCAGCAGUUGACCGUCCUUGGAAGGGCUAAUAACAGGACACUUCAAGAAAAAAUUCUCCAAGUCAACAAUCUGCUGGAGGCUUUUGGAAAUGCAGGCACUAUUAUUAAUGAUAAUUCCAGCAGAUUUGGGAAAUACCUAGAAAUGAAAUUCACUUCCAGUGGAACUGUUGUAAGUGCUCUGAUUUCAGAAUACCUCCUAGAAAAAUCAAGAGUCAUACAUCAAGCUGUAGGAGAGAAGAAUUUUCAUAUUUUCUAUUACAUCUAUGCUGGUUUGGCUGAGAAGAAAAAACUAGCUCAUUACAAAUUGCCAGAAAAUAAACCUCCCAGGUAUCUACAAAAUGAACAUCUCAGAACUGUACAAGAUUUCAUGAACAAUAGCUUCUACAAAGCCCAGUUUGAAUUAAUUGAGCAGUGCUUCAAGGUGAUUGGGUUUACGAUGGAGGAACUAGGGAGCGUAUACAGCAUCCUUGCUGCCAUUUUAAACGUGGGCAACAUCGAAUUCUCUUCCGUAGUAACCGAGUACAUGAUUGACAAGAGCAUCAUUUCCAAUCCAACGCCUCUGGAGAACUCCGCAUCUUUGCUGUGUAUACAGGCAGAUGAAUUGCAAGAAGCUCUAACCUCUCAUUGUGUGGUGGCCCGAGGGGAAACUAUUAUACGGCCCAACACGAUGGAAAAAGCUUUCGAUGUAAGAGACGCCACAGCCAAAGCCUUGUACGGGCGUCUCUUUAGUUGGAUAGUCAACCGCAUCAAUGCGCUGCUCAAGCCAGGUACAUUUUUAAGCGGAAAUGACGAAGGGCUGAACAUUGGGAUUCUUGACAUCUUUGGUUUUGAAAACUUCAAAAAGAAUUCAUUUGAACAGCUCUGCAUCAACAUUGCCAAUGAGCAGAUCCAGUUCUACUUCAACCAACAUGUCUUUGCAUGGGAGCAGAAUGAAUACCUGUACGAAGGCGUUGAUGCACGAGUUAUUGAGUAUGAAGACAACAGGCCCCUGUUAGAUAUGUUCCUGCAAAAACCAAUGGGAUUAUUGUCCUUGCUUGAUGAGGAAAGCCGGUUUCCUCGCGCCACUGAUCGACACUUGUGGGUAAAAAAAUUUGAAGACAACCUGAAAUCAAAAUAUUUUGAGACCAAAAGAAUAGACUUGACGUUUGGGAUUUACCAUUAUGCAGGGAAGGUUCUAUAUAACGCAAGUGGAUUCUUGAACAAAAACCGGGACACCUUACCAGCUGACAUUGUACUGCUCUUGCGAUCCUCGGAAACUAUUUGGACUCGGCAGCUGGUAAUCCCACCCUCUUACAAAAAACAGCUUGGCACAUACGAAAACCAGAGUGCAAUAAACUACCAGACAUGGACGCCACAGAAAUCCAUCAGCCAAACUAAGCUGGAUUUCUUUGUGUUGUGCAAUUCGUAUUCCUUCCGUGAGAGUGAGCCAGAGGAUUCCACGCAUCAUCCGAGGGAAACAACCAAUAUGAAAACGCAGACAGUUGCUUCAUAUUUCAGAUACUCGCUCAUGGAUUUGUUAUCUAAAAUGGUGGUUGGCCAACCUCACUUUGUGCGCUGCAUUAAGCCGAACAACGAUCGACAGGCAAACAAAUAUGACAGAGAAAAGGUAUUGGUACAGCUGCGCUACACGGGGAUUCUGGAAACGGCACGGAUCCGGAGACAGGGUUAUUCUCACCGUAUUCUGUUUGCUAACUUCAUAGAGCGAUACUAUCUCCUUUGUUACAAAUCAAGUGACAAACCCCCUGUAAGCCCUGAAACUUGUGCUGCCAUCUUGGAAAAAGCCCAGCUUGAUAACUGGAUACUUGGGAAAACUAAGGUAUUUCUCAAAUACUAUCAUGUAGAGCAGCUGAACUUAAUGCGAAAGGAGACCAUUAACAGGAUUGUUUUGAUUCAAGCGUAUGUCAGAGGGUGGCUUGGUUCAAAGAGAUACAAAAAGAUAAAGGAGAAAAGGGAAGAAAGUGCAAUUAAAAUACAAGCAGCUUACCGGGGAUAUGUUACUCGCAAGCAGUAUUCAAAUGCAAAGGCAGCAUACAAAAUCGAAAUGUGCAUUACCAAGCUACAGGCUGCUGCAAGAGGAUAUUUAAUCAGGAGGAAAAUUAAGGAAGAAAAGGGAGCAAAUUCUAAAGCAGCAACGACGAUUCAGAGUCAUUACAGGGGAUACAGAGAGCGAAGGAGCUUCAAAAGGAAAAGGGAGUCAUUUCUUAGGAAGGAGCAGGCUGAAACGGCAGCUACCCCAAGUGAAAAGGAAGAAGAAGAUGUACAAAUUACAGAGAUUGAGAGUAACACAACUGUUGGACACAACAAGUCUCCUCCCCGAAGUGAAGAGGAGGCCGCUGUCAUCCUUCAGAGCAACUACCGUGGUUACAGAGAAAGGAAGAAGGUGAAGGAGCAGGGCUUCAAGAAUGUGGCAGGGCAAGAACCAUCUCAAGAGGAGAACCUCAAACCAGCACCAGAAGCUGAAGCUGGUAUGGACCAUUGCAAGAAAAUGGGAGACGCAGAUGAAGUGCAAAGCUCUCCUGUAGAGGUUGAGGUCAAUGCAACUGUUGAGCCCAAGUCACCACCUCACACUGAAGAGGAGGCGGCGGUUAUCCUCCAGAGUAACUACAGGGGUUACAGAGAACGGAAGAAGUUUAAGGAUGAGCAGUGUAAGAAACUGGGAAGUACAGAUAAGGUGCAGGCCUCACCCCCAGAGGUCCACGUCAGUGCAGCUGCUGUGCCCAAGUCGCCACCUCAAACUGAAGAGGAGGCCGCUGUCAUCCUUCAGAGUAAUUACCGCGGUUACAGAGAACGGAAGAAGGUCAAGGAACAGGGUGGCAAGAAUGUGGCAGGGCCAGAACUGCCUUCAGAGCAGAACCUCAAACCAGCGCAAGAAGCAAAAGCUGGUGUGGACCAAAAAGGUGCAGCUUCUGUUGCUACUCAGAGCAUCUCUGACUCAGAUCUGAAGGCACCAGAGGAGAAGGAAGAAGUACUUCCCAGGAAACGACCGUCUUCUGUGAAACAAAAGCUCCCGGAAGAAGAUGGGAAACAGGCUGUUUCCGACUGCUUGCCUAAGAAAGCAUCUAUCAGAAAGGCAAGUGAAUCGAGCCAGCAUGGAAGAAGGGGCUCGGAGGAGCAAAGGCCGGCUCCCAUUGUUCCCCAUGGCAGUCACCUGGAAAGAGGUUCUUUGAAACACGGCCAGCCGCCUCCCUGUGAAAAUAAAGCAAGUGUGAGGAAAAGCUCUGUGAGAGGCUCUCAGAAACAUAUUGAAGCCAGCAAGCAAACCUCGGGAGACAAAGAGAAGGCAGCGUUAGUCAUUCAGAGUAAUUAUCGAGGAUACCGAAGGCGAGGACAGCUCAGGAAAGAAGGGAAAUUGCCGGGUGGGAACCAAGAAAGAAAACACCGUGAGGGGAAUGGUGGAGGGAGCAGCCAAAAUCCUGGUCCAAAGGCAACAAUGGAGAGGCAGAGAUCCAGCGCUGAGGCUGAGGGAUCAAAUGAUGUUGUGGAAGAUGACCCAGAGAAGGACAAGUCUGAUCUGGCAGCAUUUUCCAGGCAGAUAUCAAAAUUAUCGGAAGACUAUUUGGUGCUGCAGCAGAAGCUGAACGAAAUGAUUCUGUCCCAUCAAUUGAGGCCUGUGAUGCUCUCCAAAGACAAGCAAACAAAUGGCCACCUUCCUCCUCGUGUGUGCCAGCCUGUUGCUUCCAAAUCAGAGGAUGCUCACUCUGUGCAGAGGAGCCCAAGGAGGCCCCAGAAACCCAAGACACUAAACAACCCCGAAGACUCGACAUAUUACACUCUCAUACAUAAAUCAGUCCAGGAUGAAAAGCGAAAACCAAGAAAAAACAGUCUGGGCAAAAUACUAGAUGUAGAAGAUCCCUAUUACCAAGAAUUUUCAUCCACUGAUUUAAUCUCAAAUGAUAGUAAUACCUGCACACAAGAAAAGACACUGCCAACAGAGCCCAGAAAUGAAACAUUAAGCGUUAGGGAAGGGCCAAGGGUCACGGAGACUCCAGUGGAAGAGAACAAAAGCAAGGAUAAUCCUUAUGACUAUCAAAAAUUGUUACGGAAGACCUCUCAGCGCCGGCGCCUUAUCCAGCAGUAUUAGCUGCUGCUGCUGCUGCUGUUUGGUUUCCA